CAUACUAGGAGGGAGCCUAUCGUCUUUACUGACCGGGAUCUCCCUCCUACCGGUGAAGAUCACAAUGAUCCAUUGGUCAUCACCAUGGACAUUAAUGGGGUGGAUGUCGCCCGGGUACUUGUUGACACCGGCAGCAGUGUCAACAUCUUAUACCUGGAGACCUUCCAAAAACUCAGGUUGUGUCGAACACAACUUGAACCCCUCAAAACCCCUCUCUCAGGCUUCACGGGGGACACCGUUGAAGCUGAAGGGUCCAUAGUUCUACCGGUCGAACUAGGAUCAGGUGAAAAGACCGUGUGGAAGAAGAUGCGGUUCAUAGUUGUGGACAUCAAAUGCGUCCACAACGCAAUUCUUGGAAGGCCAGGCAUCAAUAAAGUCGGGGCGGUGAUUUCCAUGCCUCAUCUAUGCAUGAAAUUCCACACUCCAGGUGGUGUGGGUGAGGUGAAGGGCGACCAGAGGAACGCCCGGGAGUGCUAUGCCCGGGCAGUCAAGAAAAUGACCAGGGGGGUCAAUGUCAUCUCCCAAGAGAUCACGAAGGGAGAGACUCGGGAGAAACUGGAGCCCGAGGCUGAGACGGUGGAAAUCGAACUUCACCCGGGCGAUUCUUCGAGCAUGGUCAGAAUUGGAGCAAAUCUCCCCGAGGAUCUCAAGGAGCAAAUUACGCGGGUCCUCCAAGAAUACGCGGGCAUAUUCGCGUGGAGCGUGGCGGAUAUGCCUGGGAUAGAUCGCUCUGUUAUCUGCCACCGGUUGGCCGUGAGGGAGGGAAGUCGACCGGCACGCCAAAAGAAGCGGUACCUGGCCAGUGACCGGCGAGACUUCGUCAAGAAGGAAGUGAAAGACCUCCUCAGUGUUGGUCACAUCCGGGAAGUCAAGUACCCGGAUUGGCUGGCCAACAUCUACCAUGCAAUCGUCUUCAACUUCAAGCUGACGAACAAUGAGGCAGAAUAUGAAGCUCUGGCUGGAGGGCUCAGACUUGCCCAAGCCCUGAAAAUCAGCCGGGUCAGUAUCAAAUCUGACUCUAGCCUGAUAGUAGGGCAGGUGACCGGUAACAUGGAAGCAAGGGAAGGACGCAUGGCACAAUACAAGAACCUUGUACUUGCCCUAUUGAAAGGCUUCGAAAAAUUCAAGAUCGCCCAAAUUCCCCGGGCGGAAAACGCGGAUGCAGACCUUCUCUCCAAAUUGACGCAGUAUGCUCCCGAGCAUGUUUCGAAACUUGUCCGGGUAGAGAUCCUCGACCGUGCAAGCAUCGAGAAAAUUGGAAAACAAGAUGACCGGGCAAGGAAAGUGAAGCUCAGGGCACCCCGAUUCCAGAUUCUCGAUGGAAAGCUGUACAAAAGGGCAUUUGGGGGGCCACUCCUGAGAUGUCUAACCAACCGGGAGGCUGAGCGAGUCAUCGCGGAGGUCCACGAAGGCGUAUGCGCGGCGCAUCAAAUGUCCCGUACGCUUUCCCAACGCAUCAUCUUGUUGGGGUAUUACUGGCCAACAAUUGUCCAGGAUUGUGAGAGGUAUGUACAGAAAUGUAGAACAUGCCAAGUGUUCUACAAGUACCCCGGUAGACCGGCGACCUACUAUCACCCCGUAUCGAAUGUCAUCCCAUUCGCUAGGUUCGGGGUUGACAUCAUCGGAGCAUUCCCAGUCGCCCAAGGAGGGAAGAAGUUCGUGAUCGUAGCCAUCGAUUACUUCACCAAAUGGAUCGAGGCCGAAGCAUUGGCCAACAUCACCACGCAACAAUGCAAGAAAUUCAUUUGGAAGAACAUCAUCACGAGGUUUGGAGCGCCCAUGAACCUCAUCACUGACAACGGCCCACAAUUCCGAAAUCCGAGAUUCACUAAAUACUUGGAGGGCUUCGGGAUCAAGCACAAUCGCUCCUCGGUAGCGUACCCCCAAGGGAAUGGCCAAGUCGAAAACGCCAACCGAACGAUUGUGGAUGGUCUAAAGAAACGGCUGGGAGAAGCAGGAAACAAGUGGCUGGAAGAGCUCUCACACAUCGUAUGGGCAUUCCGAGUAACACCCAGGAGGGCUCACGGGGAAACUCCAUUCUCCCUAACCUAUGGGUGUGAAGCAAGGCUGCCCAUCGAAGCUGAAUUCCCAACGUUCCAGGAAUCAAAUUAUCAACCCCAACAAAAUGAGGAAGAUCACUUGGCCGAACUCAACUUGGUCGAAGAGCGGAGAAUGGCCGCGGAAGUCAAAAUGAGCACAUACCAACAAGUGGUGAAGAAGUACCAUGAUAACAAGGUUGGGCCGCGGUACUUCCAAGUUGGGGAUGAAGUCCUACGAAGAAGAGAAGCAAGUAGACCCGACGACAGAGGAAAGCUGGCCAAAAACUAGGAAGGGCCUUACCGGGUGAGAGCUAUCAUUCGCCCGGGGACCUACCGGUUAGAAACUCUUGAAGGGGUACCGGUAGAAAGAACCUGGAAUUCCCAUCACCUUCGCAUGUUCUACAAAUGAUUGUAAUACUAAGCAAGGCCUACUUUAUUAUCAAUCAAACCGAUGAUGUUCAAUACUCUAUUUGGUAGCGGCAGAAUUGAUAGGUCGAACCUAUCCUAGGAGGGCUUCCUGGGUGGGUCGAAU